AUGGAGAAGCGAUGCCCGAAGCAGCCGUUUGCAGCUUAUGCACAGGAUCGCUGGAGAAGCGGAUCAGGGCGGAACAGGCAUGGCGGCGACAGAAAGCCUUCCAGGACUCGCUCUUUCCGCUUCCAGGACUGGCUGUGGGCUGCUGAAGCAACCGUCUCUGCUGCCGACUCCUCCCAGGUCUCCUACGCCGGCUCCAAGAAGGAGCUGCAACGUUUCGAGGUGCUCCAGAAACAAGUCCUGGAGAAACUGAUGCCCCUGGAAGACUUAAACCGGCAGUACCGGCAGUUGGCGAGGACUGGCAGCAACGGCUUGCACCUCAGGUCCGUGGUUCAGGACGUCAACCAGCGCUGGGAUGACCUGCAGAGAAGAGCAUCUGCCAUUUACAAGAGGCUGAAGUAUUUUGUGAGUCAACGGGAAGAGUUUGAAUCCGAGAGGGAAACCAUCCGGGUGUGGCUGACGGAGCUUGAUCUCCGGCUCACAGAUGUGGAGCACUUCUCGGGAGGGACGUCGCUGGAAAAAAUUAUACAGCUUCAGGCCUUCCAGCAAGAUGUCCAAAGCAACGCAGAGCGGGUGGACCAGCUGCUGGUUCGUGGGGAAUGUUUGAUCCAGAAGAGCCAGCCGGAGGACGCAGAAGUCCUGGAGGAGGAGCUGCAGGACCUCACCUGCUUCUGCCAGGAGGUUUUCCGACGAGUCUUCCGCUUCCGCAGGCGCCUGGUCAGCAUGAGGCUGGUCUUUGAGAACGAGUGGUUGUCUGACCGCGACAGCGACGUGGAAUCGGACUGCUUCACCGAAGGGUCCCUGGAUAGAGAAACCGACUCCUCCCUGCCGGCCCUCGGUCAGAUGCGCCAAUCCACUCCAAAGAAGUCCCCCCAGCGGAACCAAUGCCUGGCUUGCAGUUUAGGGACCGCCAUGGAUCUGGAAUGGGAUCCAUCUGUGGACGUGGGGGGAUCCACCUCGCACGAUGAAGAGGAUUCCUCGUAUUACAGCGCUAUCACGGGUGUGGGUCAAUGGGACGAACCCAGCCGGAAGGGCCGGAACUCUCGCCGGACCUGCCGACACUUCCCUUUGAGAUGCGGGAGCCAGGAAGAUCCGUCUGGACGAAAUGGCCUCCAGGAAGAGUUGGAGCAGUAUAAUUGCUCUUCAGCAGACCAGAUGCCCAAGGAAGUACAACUCGGCCAUUCUAGAGAGUCCCCCUUGGAGUACCUGGAGAAGGGACAGCACCUGCAUCCCUCAGCCUUUCCAUGGGGGAAGGGAACCGGCCGCCAGGCAGAACCGAUGAGCUUCGACCCCAGACGUAUUGAGAGCUGGCUGGGCCAGACCCACUGGGAGAAGCUGGAAACAGAACAGGUUGCGAGAUCGUUCGGAGGUAUUCCUCCACCUGCCCCCGGCUUGCCGUUCCCUGUGGAAUCCCAGAGAAAGGGUCAGCGAGUGGAGCGACAGAAACGCCAGCAGCGGAUAAAGAAGAAAUCCUGGGCAACCCCCGUCUCCCAGGCUGGGCAGAGUUACAAGAAGAAACAGACGGAUUCCUGCUCGGGAGAAAUCGUAGUCACCAUUGAAAAGGGAUACGACCUGCCACAGCCCUUGGGAAUCUCCGCCCACUCCCAGCAGUUUCCCAGAAUCCCCACCCUGUUAAACCGACUGAUGCUCUCCACCGUCGGCCUGUUGCUUCUCCUCCUACUCGCCAGUGCUUGUGUCCUGUCCCUAGCGGACCCCUCCUGCCUGCGGACCAAUGGCUACACCCGAUCAUUCCACCUGGUGCUAAAACACAUCAACGGGCCACCACCUACUUAGCGAGAGCCAUGGAAUAGCGAGUCGUCUUCUAAAAGAUGA